UGCACUAACGUCGAGCAUACUCGAGUGUGCUUGCACUCCAGGUUAAUCUAGAUGAACUAAUAGGCUACACCCCCUACUGGUUUGAUACGGAGGAAACUUAUUUCAGCCCUUUAAUUGUUUAGCCGAGUAGCCUACUCAGACGGAUUUUGAGGAAGACGGCAAGGCUACUGCUCACAGUAAAUUUCGUCAAACACUGUUUUCUCAGACAAGGAUUUUUCGUGAUGGGUGACCAGGGCUCAAAAACAGUUCUACCUGACAAAGAAGACGCGUUGCCAGGUCGAGAUUUGAAGAUGGUUGUGAGUAGUCGACACGCUGCGAAUGGUAAUCCGACGGUACCACCAUUUCCAGACGAAAUGAAGCUCACUAUGUUUGGAAUGGGCUGCUUUUGGGGAGCGGAAAGGAAGUUUUGGCAACAGAAUGGUGUUUUUUCAACUCAGGUUGGUUAUGCCGCUGGAUUCACAAAGAACCCGCUCUAUAAAGAGGUGUGUACGGGCCACACCGGCCAUAAUGAGGUGGUGCGAGUUGUGUUCAAUCCAGACAAGAUUUCUUAUGCAGAUCUCUUGCAGGUGUUUUGGGAGAAUCACGAUCCAACCCAGGGCAUGCGCCAAGGCAAUGACACAGGGACCCAAUACCGAUCAGGAAUCUACUACUAUGACGACGAACAGAAAUCACUGGCACACCAGUCAAAGGACAGCUUCCAGGACGAACUAACAAAGAAAGGAUUUCCCGAGAUCACCACAGAAAUUGUGCCAGCACCCGAAUUUUAUUAUGCAGAAGACUAUCACCAGCAGUAUCUUCAUAAAAAUCCUGAAGGAUACUGUGGAUUAAGGGGUGUAGGACUCUCAUGUCCUGUAGGACUAUUUAAGAAGGAAAAGAAAAAAGAUGAAUUGUGAAGCUUAUUUUUUCUUUUUUUUAAGGGUGUGCGUGUCUUUUUCUGGUGGGGUUUUUUUUUCCCAAACAACAUUGGGUUAAGAUUAACCAGUGUUGGCAGGUGGAUGCAGUUUUCUAACACACACAUUUGUCGAGAACAUCAUUGGUUAUUUUUGAUAACACAUACUGUUAACACAUAUGUGUAUGAUAACAAUUUAAAGACAUAUGUUUGGCUGCUCCCAGGUGAUGGUCAUUGGUUAUUUUUGAUAACACAUACUGUUAACACAUAUAUGUAUGAUAACAAUUUAAAGACAUGAUUGGCUGCUCCUAAGUGAUGACCAGGUCGCUACUGCUAUAUCAUCCAAUGAAAAAACGUUCAGUCGAAAUCGAUUACUUUGUGAUGUAUACAUUAACCCAAAAUUUAUUUCUCUGUGACGCAUAAUUAAGUUAACGUCAAGGGCUAGGUCCGUUAAAUAGUUUUUUGUUGAAAAAUAUGUUUACGUUUAUUUUUAAAGAUGUGUAAAAAAAAAAUAGAAUACCAUAUUUAUGUCCAAUAAAUACCAUUUAUCUUACAACUAUUUGUUUAAAAACAUACCUAUCUCAUUUUUCCUUGUUAGAUAUGUUUUGAAACAAUUCAUAAGGUAUAAAUGGUAUCUAAUGGGACACUCAUGUAAUAUUCUCUAUGUAUCAUACUUGUAUAAUUGGACAAGAAAAAUAUAUAACUAAACUAC